AUCCGCUUCCUACGUAGAUACGUCAAUGGAUUUUUCCCGACACAUACAGCACGGCUUCCCUACGAAUUAGGAAUUUUCCGUCCGUCAAUGGAUUUCUGGGGUUCAUAAUCUCAUCGAAAUGGACGGUUCUGAGGACGAAGGAUUCGGGUAUUGGAUCCGAUGGCAGGUUCCUGUCUGCGCUCUAAUCUUUAUCGUCCCGACGGCGGCAUCGAUGGUCCUGAUUUCCAAACGGAAGAGAGAUCGUUUGAACGGCCUAGAUCUCUGGAUUCCGUGCUGGAGAAAGCUCCAUCCUUUAUGGCUUCUGAUCUACCGGGCCACGGCGUUCGUUUCCAUGUCGUGGUUGCUGUAUCAGAUGGUCAGCGUCGAUGGAGCUUUCGUCUUCUAUUUCUACACGCAGUGGACUUUUACGUUAGUCAUUGUCUAUUUUGCGCUUGGCACUGUGAUAUCUGCUCAUGGAUGCUGGAUGUAUUCAAACCAUCUCAUGGAGAAUGAGGAAAGUGGUGGAUUCUUGAAAACAGAUUCAGAAAGUAAAUCGACAACCGCAACUUUCAGGACAAAUAAAAUCAGGGGUACCAUCAAAGUGCAAAGCCGUCAUCAGCAAGAGGAGAUCGAGCGAAGAGCUGGGUUUUGGGGUUAUCUGAUGCAAUCUAUAUAUCAGACUUGUGCAGGUGCUGCGAUGCUAACGGACAUCGUUUUCUGGGGUCUUAUAGUUCCAUUUCUCUCAAUCGAACAUUUCAGCUUGAAUAUGUUAAUGGGGUGCAUGCAUGUUCUCAAUGCUUUGUUUCUUCUCCUUGACACAGCUCUCAAUAGCAUGCCAUUCCCAUGGUUUCGGUUGGCGUACUUUGUUCUUUGGAGCUGUUUGUAUGUCAUUUUCCAAUGGGUUCUUCAUGCGUGCGGUUUCACAUGGUGGCCUUACCCUUUUCUUGAGCUCUCAACUCCUUGGGCACCUCUAUGGUAUUUCUGCUUGGCUUUGGUACACAUCCCUUGCUAUGGUUUCUAUGCAAUUAUUGUAAAGUUGAAGAACUCAACCUUCCCAAGAUUGUUUCCCCAUGCAUACAUAAAGUCAUAUUAGCAUCUUGAUCUGAUUUUCGUGUUUUUUAAAAUAUAUAAUUCAGUUGUAUUUGGUUGUGAGAAUGUCUGUGUAUAUAGGGGGAGGAUGGCUGCUUACCACCACUUCCUCCGUUAAUAUGCAGUUAAAUACCUUGAGAUUUGAGGUUAGUACUGAAGCUUGUAUAUGCCAAUUCCUCAAUUGGGUGAAAACAUUAAAACCCAUAUGAAAAUUUGGUCUGUAUCAAUUUGAUUUUAAUGUGUUUGAUCUUUUCUUUCUGUCUUUA